CUCCUCUCUCGCCAAGUCAGUUGAUCCGCCAGCUUGAAAUUUCUAGCCAGUGGGUGGUGAUUUCACUCCUUUUUCCUCUUCAUUACUUAGAAACGGUGCAUAUCACGACGAUGUCGAAGAGGUUGGCUCUGCUACUACCGGCAGGAAACGGCGGUGGUCGGUCUUCUGUUGACUCUUCCCGCGAAGAACACUCGAAAAGAAAACGAGUCAGCACAGAUACUGCUUGCAAUGCAUGUCGGCGCAGAAAAACACGCUGUGACGGAACAUGCCCGGCUUGUGCAGCUUGCCGCAAACGAUCAACCGAGUGCAUAUACGUCGAGAAGAAGGAAUCGCCGAGGCUUGAACAACCACUUGAGGUUUCUCAAGAAGUACUCGAGCUUUUGAGAUCUGCGUCAGAGCCUCAGGCCUUCGGGAUGCUGCGGAUGCUACGAGCAAAUGACGACUCAAACUCCGUUCUGAAUACCAUCAACGGUGGCAUGGAUGGAAUGACGUGGCCGUUCGAUCAUGGUAUAGGCCGUGCAACUCUCCCGACCCAGUUACCUUUAGAAUUUGAACUGAUGGUCAAAAACCCUGUCGCGUAUCCCGCUCCGCGUCAUGCCCCUCUAAGGGCGUCAGAAUGUCGCAUGCUUCUCGAACCAAGCAGGCUCCGUCGAUCGAAAUCUCUCGGGCAUUACUACUGCUCCCGUCUGUCACCCUUUGAUCAUGCUGACCUCCGAAGCGGACUGCGAUCGGCCGAAAAUUAUGGUCAACAUCUGAACUAUCCAUUCGAGGAUGGCACUACGACGAAGCCGACUAAUAGCGCGCCUCCUUGUGACAACGACAACACAUUUCACUUGGAAGCUCCUCCUAGUGAAACUCCCGAGAGGAGUAGGAAAUCAAUCCCCGUCCUGUGCGACGAGCGCCUCAGAAAGCUCAAGAUCGAUUUUUGGACCGACGUUCCGGUCACCGACGACUUCGCCGCGAGGGUUAUAUCGCUCUAUCUGACGACCGAUCAUCCGCUUCUAGGCAUAUUCGAUCCACAUCUCUUCAUUACCGAUCUUGUCGGCCAACGGCAAAAGUAUUGUUCUCGACUCCUCGUUAACGCCUUAAUGUACUGGGGCUGUCAAAUGUAUACUGCCAUCGAGGAAAAGACAGUCCAUUAUAUCGAGCCAUUCUGCAAAGAAACGGAGAGGCUUUGGCUCCUUGAGAAGGAUAACACCAGCAUCCUUAACGCUGCAAGUGCGCAACUGUUAAGUUUGUCUUAUCUGGGCCACGGCAAAGAUCAUCACGUACUCGAAUACCUCGCUGUCGCUCUUCGAAUGGGCACACGCUUGUCCCUGUUCGGCGUAGAGGCACCCCAAGCUAAGAAAAACCUUGAACGCAUGUCUCGAGAAACAGUGACGAGCAGUCCAGGCAGGCUACAAGAGGAGUGACCACGACCAGAGAGGCUAGUGUUUCUGGACAUAUGCGUAUGUUCAACGGAACUGCUUUGUGGCAGGCUGAACACAGAGGAACACAAGCCGUAACUGUGUGACGAUGGAGGCUAUGGAGGCCUACAGGUUAGUCGGAAAGGAGGAGAUCGUCGAACUUGGUUGUCUUCAAACCCGCGGGGCGGUGAACCUGAGAGGACUGGAUGAGCUGGGGCGAGACGGCAAUGGAUGUGGAGCGGUCCAAUGGACUGGAUGUUACGAUGUUGGGUGCAGCGUCCAUUAUCAAUCGAAACGGUGUCACAACUAUUUCCCUAAGCAGAAGUGGAAUACUGCUAGAGUGGCAGAGCCACUGAUGUUGUUUCUCAGUCAGAGAGCCGGUACGAACGGCUGGCCAGACCCUAAAGGGC